AGUCAGCCACGUCUCAGUCGCACAGAGAAAAUCCAGUCCUCUGGAAGUCAGGAAAUCCUUCAUGAUAAACGUUUUGUUUGCUAGCGAUCUAGCAUUUACCAGCCCAAUCCUGGCAGGAGCCGACAGGUCCACGGCGUUAGCUGUCCGGGGAGCCAGACACAGAGGCCGCAGGUUCCGCAGAUUCACCCCGCGCCAGCGGGGUCGAGGAGAGCAGGGGCCGCGGGGCUGGAACACCUCAUCCGGGCCGACGACAGGUACCAGCCAGGCGUCGACAGGGUCCAGCGAGUGCCGGGAAAUAAAGAGGCGAGGCACCGCUCCAUACUCAGUCCAAGAAGCCGUGGAAGUGCUCGCCAAACAGGCCUUCAGCCUUACCAGCCGACCACUGUGUUUACCCCGGCGGUGGUGGCGCUUACGCCGGAGAGUUGGAGCUGGGGCGCGGCAGAGGAUGUCUUGGGUAAGGGCAGUAUGGCAGGAAAAGAAGCGCCAGGAGGAAGGGACAGCGCCGGACACCUGGGUGGACAUGGAAGCUAAAAUCAUGUUUUGGCCAUGUGUCAGUAAUGCAGUAAAACACCUUGAGGAAUGGCGCAAACCAAAAGACGGUUGGCGAAAGUUUCCCCUAAUCAAAGUGAAGAUGCGAUCAGAUAACUUCCAAGAAUGUGAGGAUCAUGAUCUAACCAGUUCUGCAGAAGUUGCUGAUUCACCUAAAGCAAAAAGACCGAAGAUAAAAAGGAGUUAUCAAGACUGCAUUACAGGUGAUAAUGGCGGCAGUGAGGGUGAACUGGAUGUGCAACAUGAAGAUGACCUAGAUGAAUAUGAUCAAGGCUGCUUUAGUCCAGAGCCAGAGCUGCCAGUUCCUCCAAAUAAGGUACCAGUUGGCUCUGACGCAUCUGUCGCAUCAUCUCGCUCUCAGCAAAGUGUUCGACCAAAAGAAAAAAGCAAGUCGCACAAGCCCUUACUCAGCUCCACUCCAUCAUCAUCCCCUCACCCAAUGCAACCAGAUAAAAGCAAGUCGCACAAGCCCUUGCCCACCUCCACCCCCAGACCACGACCAUCACCUUACCCAAUGCAACAAGCAAAAUUUCAGAGGAAAGUUCUGGAGCUGCUGGUUGCAAUUCGUGAUGGGUUGCAGGAGUUGAAGCUCAACAAAGAUACAGAGGCUAGUACUACUCCUCUUCCUGCCCAGGUGACAACAAUCAAGGAGCUAACCCUGCUUGAUGAGACCCUCAGCUCUUGUAGAGGUUAAUUCCUUGGCAAUGAUUGGAGGAACAUCGGUGAAGGAUAAUGUCCGGAGAGUCAUGGAGAAGUUGAUGACAAAUGAAGUAAUGUCAAAAUUCAACAUGAAGGGAGCGAAGGGAGUGAAGCUGUCUUUCAUCAAGCUCCACCUCUAUGGUGUUAUCACAGAGAGUGUCCAGAGGAGUACUAAAGAAACAGAGGCUAAAAUCUCGGAACAGAUCGCAAACUGUUUGAAGUAUGCUCCAGACAGGGUGGGGGGAGGUGGCAGGAAAAAGACAGGCUAGGCACAAGAAAGGAAGCUGUGAAAUUUAAGUUAUUAUUUUUAUUUUUUCAAAGUACUAGAAGAGGCUGUGUUUUAAUGGUGUUUAAUAGCAUGUAGAUAUGCUACGUUUGAGAACCUUUGUUUAAAUCCAAAAAGUUUUUUGAAAAACUUAUGUUGCUAUUUAUUUUUUUGUUUUUUAUUUUUUUCAUGUCAAGGUGGUUCAUGUCAAGGAACCCAAAAGCAAAGAUGUGAGUGAAACAACUAAUGUUUAAAAUAAAUUUGUUUUUUGUUUUUUUCAAACGUAUGUUAUAUG